UUUUGAUAUCCAAACUUAACCUAUAAAGUGUGCGUUCAAUUUUUUCAUUGUGUUUGUCUAUUUUUGUGGACGAAUUAUCUAUAUUAUAUGGAUUAAUUUCUUAAAAAGUUCAACAGAAAUAUGGCUGGUCAAGGAUUUUUAUUAAAAACAUUCAAUGUUUUAAGUAGUAGAAUUAUAUCUGUAAAUAGGUUAAAUGUGACAAAUUUCGGAAACCCCAGCAGGACCUUAAAAACAGACAUAAAGGAAAGAAUCAAAUCUUUAAAUAUUCCUGAAAAGCCGAAGAAACCUUUAACACCUUAUCUACAGUUUCUUAAUCAACGGCGAGAUGUUAUAGUUAAGGAAAAUCCCAAAAUAGGCCCCAAAGAUGUAUUAAGAAAACUCUCAGAAGAAUGGAAGCAGGUGUCUGAAGAACAAAAGGCUAAAAUGAAGGAAAAGUUUCACGAAGAAUCAGAGAUCUAUGAUAAAAAAAUAUUAAAAUUUAAUACUGAUUUAACUGAAGAGCAGAGAGAAGUCCUGCAACUAGCUAAUAAUGAAAAGAAAGAACAAAGAAAAAAAAGAAAGACGACGAAGUUAUUAAAAGAAACUCAGAAACCCAAAAGACCACAAGGUCCUUAUUUGUUAUAUCUCCAAGAACAGAGUAAAAUCAGAAAUCUUCCUCUUAAUAUCCUAAUGAAAACCAUAAAGAAUGAUUGGGCAGAGGUACCAGAAAGCCAGAAGGAGAAAUAUAAAGCUCAAUAUGCCAAGGAAAAUGAAAAAUAUGAACUAGAAUUAGAAAAGUGGGAGAAGAGAAUGAUCAGCGAAGGCCAUCCAGAAUUAGUUAGAGCCAAGAGUAAAGUUCCAGAAGAGAGGCCAUCUAGGAUUCUAGACCUGAAGGGGAAGAAGCCUAGUAAACAAUAGGAAUUCGAGUGUCUUCACUCAGAUUCAUCUGCCGCCGCUGCGGGUGAAGACACGUUGUUUCACAUUGAAACAAAGAAACAAACCAAAUGUCUCGAAAAUAUGAAUAAAAAUCAACAAAACUCAAUAAAAUCAGAAAAUAAUCUCAUCACAGGGGCCAAUUCCCAGGGAUCUGAUUCUGAAUAUAAUCAUUUUAAAAGAAGUGAAUCUGUAAGAGACAAUAAAGAUCCUGAAAAUUUAAGUUCUAGUUCUGUUUCUUUUGAUCGGAUAAAUGAAGUGGCGGAGAAAACCAGUUCAAAGGCUAAAUAUUCCAUUAAAGAGGAAGAAAAACCAAUUACUUCAGAGUUACCAGAAGUUAAGGAAGAUAAUCAAGUGAAAGAAGAUAAAAGGGAUGGGCUGGUCAAAACAUUUUGGAAGUUCUUCAAAAAAUCCUAAUUUAGAUUGCGAAAAAUUUAGUUUUGUUUUUAGUUUUAAGUAUUGGUGAGAAAUGACGUGAAGAUUUUUGUUUAUUUUAUCCUUAGAUUAAAGAUAUAUCUGUUUUAUGAUGUAAACGUGUUAAGGUUUUUUAAAUUUUUAAAAAAGAUAACGUAUUUUUAAUGUUCUAUUAAAAGUCACCCUUACUAUAGUGGAAGAGAGUUGAUGGCCAAAAAUCCUUAGUCUAUAUACAUCAAGUCUUCCCAGCAGCGAAUCUUCAUUUAAUUUCUUUGUUUAAUAAUUUUAAGUUUAAGAUUUAUGAGAUAAGUUUGAUAAAUAAAAAAUAAAUGUGUGUUGUUA